GGGGGGAGCUGUAGCCGCAGAGCGACUUAAAUGCACUGCAGCAUCCAGCAGGUUCUGUUUCUCUGCAUCUCGUUCUCCUGCGCCUGCUCGUCGCUCUCUCUCUCUCACUUAUUUCGCUGCUCUCUCCAUCAAGAGCGUCUGUGCAUCCGUCUGUCCCAGCAGAGAAUCUCGGUGUUCCUUUCUUACCAUCUGAAGCUUUUCAGAUCCUCUCACCCUUUGCAAACGUAGCCGGGCCUCGUCUAUCUGCAGAGCUUAAUCUACAAACUCCAGGAUCCAGUCCAGGAUGGAUGUUUUCAUGAAAGGAUUCUCCAUGGCCAAGGAAGGAGUGGUGGCUGCCGCUGAGAAGACCAAAGCUGGGGUUGAAGAAGCAGCCCUUAGGACCAAAGAAGGGGUCAUGUAUGUAGGCAACAAGACGAAGGAAGGGGUGGUGUCGGGUGUAAACACAGUUGCCCAAAGGACCACCGAUCAUGCAAACAUUGUUGGUGAGACAGCGGUGGGCAGUGCUAAUGACGUGGGACAGAAGACGGUAGAAGGACUGGAGAAUGUGGGUGCAUCCAACCCGGAUGAGGCUUUAUAUGAGGGUGACUUCUCUCACGGGGGUGGCAUGGAAGGAGGAGAUGGUGGAGAGGGUUAUUAGUCCAGAGAUGUGAAGCUUUUCCCUCUGACCUCCCACCUCUGAGUUUCUGCUCCAAAGUCUCACCCUCGACCAGACUCCAGAUGCUACCAAUAUUUUUUUGUGACUGUACUGAAAACCAGAAUGGAAAAAGACUCUCCCCGAGCCCUUUAGCCUUUAGAUGUGUGACGCUUCCCCUCUUGGCCAGCUGUUUAUCUGUGAUGUCAUCAUGCUGUCUGUGUUAUUUCUCCAUUCACUUCCAUCUACUGUAUCACACACACACACAUACACACACACUUCACUCCCUACACAAAAUAUGGUAAAAAUGUAAAGCUCAGAGGUAGACAUGGUCCUUCUGGAGGAUGGCUGAAAAAAGAUAACCGCAUGACCAUUAAUGUAAGAAAAGCAAUACAUCUCAUUUCAUCAGGGCAUGUAGCAAUGCGUCUGGAUCUAUGUGAGACCACAGCCAUGUUUGAAUUGAUUUAGUCUUGAAAAUGCUGCAAUGUACGCAACGACAAGUUGUGUGUACAUUAAGAGAUACAUUACAUUCCUUUAGUUCAGUAUGUGUGACAGAAUAGAUUUACUGUGUGCUUGACCAAUAGACUUACUGUGUGAUUUAUUAGAGUAUUUUAAGAAUAUGUUUAUUCACAGAUGUGAACGCAUACACAAAAAUAAAGAUCUGUAUUGAUGUAGCAGUGCUAGACUUACAUAUUUUCAUUAGCUUGCAUUUGUGAGAUUUGGUUCUAGUAAGUUGCAAUUUUACAGAGAUUUAAACAGGGAAACCAGUGUAGUUGUCCGUUUCGUCUGUUGAAUGGGUCGUGAAACCCUUCAGGUGCUAUGAGGGGAAGAAAUAAGAAAAGUCUGUUAAGUGGAAAGAGAUCAAACGCUCAAACAAAUGCCUCUCUGUUAUGUCUCGAUUUUGUUGCAAUGCAUGUAAAGUCAUUUGUCAUGCUCGCAAUGUAAAAGCAAUACUACAGCGCCACUGCAAAGUCUGUCAAUUGUCUGUUCUGUAGCACUGUGUUUUAUUGAGGAAAUGCUAAGAAGUGUCAAUCCUUGCUUAAAAUAAGUGUUGCCAUCUUCAUUAAGCCUUUUGCCCCUCCCACUUCUCAUCUGGGCCACCAAAACCCCGCCCUUAUGUGUCAUUCAAUAGUGUUCAUGUCCACACCAAGGCUUGUGUCUGCUGUAGCUGCUAGGACAAAAUGAUCAAACAUUGCAGUUUGUUUUUACUUUGAAGCCACAAAAUCCCUGACUGCAUGUUGCCUUAUUAGCACUCAAAUAUUCACACACACACACACACACACACACACACACACACACACGAAGCUAAUGAUUACAAUACAAAAACGCUAUUCUAUCUUUCUUUCUUUCUUAAGCCUCUCUCUUACUCAUCUCUCUCUGACACACACGCACACACACGUCCCACAUAUCUUUUAAGUUGGCAUCAAAGCAGACAUGCUGAUUUUAUAAACUGUACAAGUGAAAUAAAGAGUUUUGUUGAAAUCUAAA